AUGGCUGCAGGCAGUCCCACCGCCAUGCCUACAACAACAAAUCCGUCUACAACUAUCCCAACAUCUAUUGCGCCCUCAACAGUGGCGCCCAUUACGGCAAGCCCAACAACUUUGAGCCCCACAGCAACUGGUGGGAGCCCUAGCGCCACGCCAACCACAGCAAGCCCUAGCACUACUGCACCAACAAAAAGCCCAACCACAGCCCAGCCAACAACAGGGAGCCCAAUCACUGAGUCACCCUCUGCAACCCCAACAACAUCUCGGCCAACUGAAUCCCCAACAAACCCACCCAGUUUAGCUCCAACCGAGGCACCAACAAAUGCACCAACGACCUUGAACCCCACAGCAACUGCUGGGAGCCCUAGUGCUGCUCCAACCACAGCGAGCCCUAGCACUGCUUCCCCGACAACUUUGCAGCCCACUACACAGAACCCAACCACCGCAACUCCAACUACUGCCCAACCCAGCACUGCUUCACCCGCUACUUUGCAACCAACUACAGCAAGUCCAAGCACUGCAACACCCACCACGCCCCAACCAAGCACUGCAAAACCAACAACGGCCCAACCAACCACGGCUACUCCCACAACUUUGGCUCCAACAGAACCUCCUACUCCGUCACCAACAGAGGCCCCAACAAAUCCACCUACAGAAGCCCCAACAGACCCCCCUACCAUUUCACCCACCAAGGCUCCCACUAAAGCACCAACAAAUCCCCACUCAGGCCCACUAAAGCACCCACCAAGGCUCCCACUAAAGCACCAACUAAAUCCCCUACUCAGGCUCCCACUAAAGCACCCACCAAGGCUCCCACUAGAGCACCUACCCAGACUCCCACUAAAGCACCUACCAGACUCCCACUAA